AUGAAACCGGUGGGAAUGAAGCGCACCUCGGCAGAAUCAGAAGUAAACAGUCCGUUUGCUCGCUUUAAGGAGCUUCUCUUCUGUUCACUAUGUGCGGUCGCCUUGGAAGUCAUGCCAAAAGAGAUAGUGUUCCAAUACAUGCAGUCGGUUUUCUGCUGUGACGCACAACCAAAGGCUCUUAGAGGACGAAUUCGUGGUGCGAAAUGGGCAAACCGGGCCAUUUAUCUUUUAUCGCGCACUAACUGGGGCUCAUGUAGCUGGGACAUCAUCUAUGUUGCUAGUAAUCAAGUCAACUUUUAUAGCGAGUUCAACGACUAUUCGAUUAAACCCGAUGAGUUCAUAAACGGGCUAAAGCCAGAAUUCAAUCCAGAGAAUACUAAAACGAUAUCGGUCCCGCUCGCAAUCCCUUCCAUCAUACGAACAAUUUUCGAAGAUCUAGUACCGCUUGAAAAGAUUUGCGAAUGCCUAGGAUAUGAGCUUGGUGAUUAUAAUAAACUGGACCUUUCUGGUCUUGAAACCCUUCUUGCCCAGAAAACAAACACCGAGCCUAGUGAUCCUUUGGAUACUUCUAACGGAUCAUCACAUUCGCCGAUCUAUGCCACAUCCUCUCCAUCGGCACCAAAUUCAUGUUCAGAUCCUCCAAUUAAUGAGCUUUUCGAGUACUCAACCAAUGCAUCUACCCCGACGGAAGGUUCACUGGAAUCACCUGCGAAUUCCGACAUAGACGACCUCUUCGAAGAGCACCCAACCAGUACAUCGACUCCAAAUGAAAGUCCACUCAAUAAUGGUACAACCGAAGCGAAUGACGAAAUAAUGGAUGGCAGUGUCGACGGUAUAUACCUUAGCACCCCGAUCAACGAUCCCUCCACGUUACAAAGCAUAUCUUUUAAUCACUCUCCCCCAAAGGACAAUAUGCCGGAUCUUGCUCUCUCGCUUUCAAAUGAUAUACGCGCUCAAUCAUAUCCCUCAGUGGUCGAUUUUGAACCUGAGAUUCGAGGCAGUCGACCUGCAACAAGUCUUCUUUCUGGGUCAAACAUAUUUCCAAAUCUCGAUGCUGAAUCAUCUAUGGUGACAUCAUCCACCAGUACUGAGAUGAAUGGAACGCUAAAUCUCGAAUCUAAUUCAUCAUCCAACAUAGAAACAUCAUCUGCCAGAACGACUCUCAGUCAGACAUUUUCCCCCAAUGAUAUCACUCAGCAGCAAGGCCUUUCAGCGAAUGAUCCUCAACUGCCACCGUCGACUGAUUUGUGGCAACAAUACGAUUGGGAAUUAGAUGGUAUACUGCAGCAAGGGUUUCCGGCGAAUGAUCCUCAACUGCUACCGUCGACUCACUUAUGCCAACAAUACGAUUGGGAAUUAGAUGGUAUACUGCAGCAAGGGUUUCCGGCGAAUGAUCCUCAACUGCUACCGUCGACUCACUUAUGGCAACAAUACGAUUGGGAAUUAGAUGGUAUACUGCAGCAAGGGUUUCCGGCGAAUGAUCCUCAACUGCUACCGUCGACUCACUUAUGGCAACAAUACGAUUGGGAAUUAGAUGGUAUACUGCAGCAAGGGUUUCCGGCGAAUGAUCCUCAACUGCCACCAUCGACUGACCGGUCGCAACAAUGCUCUUCCGACCUUCUGCAGCAGGAUCUUUCGCUAAGCAGCCACUCGCCGCUACCCUCUUUGGGUUUAGGCCAGGAUGCCGCCACAGCUAUCUCGGGUAAUUCCCCGGAGACCCGGUACCAUUUAUUAAUUCGUCCUUCACUUGUGUCCAGAGAGGGCGGUUCUUCUUGGGACUUAGAAAAUAGUCACCACGCCCUUGGAUUCUCGGACGCCAUUCACCAGAAUGCUUCUUAUUCCCCGAACAGGAGCCUUUCGGUAAUGUGA